GAGCCUUUCAGGAUGGGGUCAUCCCAGCAGGAGCAGAGGAAAAGCUGAAGACAUUAAAGGCUCAAACACAUGAAUUACAUCUACGUGAAACAGUGCCAGAUUACGCACGGCUUCGACACAGGCUGCUGAAGUAUGCCUCCACAGUACGCAUGGUGACAGAUGAAAAUAAUAGUCCUGAGCCAACAACCAUCCCCAGAGAGAAUUGCAAACGUUUAAGAGACAUUGUGCUUAACGUUCGCAUCCAGAGGCCUUACCACAAGAAAACUCACAUGAAAAAAGCAUGCAAUCGAUUUCCAUCACACAGUCAAGAACUACUGGUACUGGGGUCACAGAAGCUGACAGAGCUGCGGGAUGCAAUCAACUGCAUCAAUGACCUGGGUGUCAAUAAGGACCUCUCACUUGAUCCAGAAUUUUCCAUCAUCUCUCAUAUAUGAGGAAUAAUUCUACCAAAUUUCCUUCUGGAUUUUUCUACAUCAAUGGUGUUUUUUAUGAUGACCUUCGCCAAGAGGGAUCAAAAUUUUUACAGUGAAAGCAUUAUUAACUGGCAAAGAAGCACCCAGAAAUUGGUGAGAUGAGAGCAGAAAGCAUGAGUGAGACAACUUUCCUUGACUUGAAGGUGCGUCUAGGCUACCCAUAUGUCUUUCUUCAUCAAGGAAAUUGUGAACACAUUAUCAUCUUCACAGAUAUCAGAUUACACCACCAGAACGACGUUCCAGAUCCCCAACGUUUCCCUCUGUUACGUGGUCAAGCAUCAAAACUUUCAGUCAAGUGUGUCAUCUGUUCUUUAAACUUAGCUAACUGGAUUGUGUUGGAUGAACCCCGACUGCCCAUAGCAGUUGCCCAUGUGUGCCAUCGUUGCCUCAAGAUGUUCUGUUACAACCAUAAGGGUGAAAAGAUAAAUGAUUUCAAAGUCUAUCCCUUUUUCGAUGAAUUUCUGUCACAACAAAAGAAACCCCAUACCACUUGAUUUUUUUUUUCUUUUUUCUUUCUUUCUUUAUUUAUUCAUAUUUUGAUGCUACAAUUGUUUAUUUAUGCUCAUACAUGUAUUUGAAAGAAUGGUCUAUGAUUUCAAAAUAUGAUUAAUAUUAGUUUUGGGGUUUGUUAAUCUUGAAACUGCAAUGUCAUAAAGCAGAGACCACCUAGGUAUGUCUAUAUGAUGAGAGAGAUUUAUUUUAAAUCAGGCAUGCCACAUAUUGCCUCCAUAUGAAACAGAAGCAGACAGCAGAUGAUUCAAUGAUGAAUGGAGAAGUGAAGAGAAAAUAAUAAUGGGAUUAAAGUUACCACCCUAUGACAUACAGUUAGCAGGCCCUCUGCCACCCUCCAUUGCAUACCCUUAAGAAGGUAAAUGAGACAAACUAAUUGUGAAGAUGUCAGGUUAAGAAACAAAUUAAAUUCAGACUGAAGUAGCAGAGUUCAACAAUGAAACAAAUUUGCUUACUACUUGGAUAUAACCUAUGUAUGAAAAGAAAGAGUAAUAGAUUGUUUCCUUUUCUUUCUAAAGAUUAAAUUCUUAGCAACAUGUUUCCUUCUCAGUAUUCUUCUUUGAAAGAUAAAAUGCAUGGAUUUAUGUUUUUUUUUGUUUUUGUUUUUCCCAUCAGUAUAUAUCAAAAUAUUUCUUAUUCAUGUUGAGGUGAAGAUUAUAAAGGAAUAGCUUUUAAGUGGCUACAAUACACCAGGAGCUUGAACUGUUGUUGUUGUUGUUGUUUUUGUUUUGUUUUGUUUUUUGUUUUUUUACAGAUCAAAUCCUGGUGAUAUGGAGGCAUGCUUUUCUCGAAAGAUGUGUUUCAUUCUUGAGCCAGUGUCUAUUAUUUGUUGUGAAUGCCUUGAAGAAACCAUCUACAAAAUGAAAUAAGGGAAGCUUAAUUUUGCUAAAAGACAGAAUAAUUUUGUUAAUAUUUCAAGAUUUAGUAUAAAGCUACAUGUGUUAUCAAAUUUUGAAUCCAUAAACUGUUUUCUUUAUUCUUUCAUUAUGACAUGUAAUUUUUUUUUCAUACUCAGUAUUUUUUGUUUCAAAUAAAAUAGAAAAGAUUAUAAAACCAAGUUUCCUUUUUUUUCUU